AUGAAGGCUCGCGACAUCGAGAAGGAUGUCUUACUGGCAGAUGAUGGUCGCCCCGACGACUACCUGCCUCAGCCCCAGGCCGCACCGCGUUCGUGGUCGCGCGGGCUGCUCAAAUUUGCAAAGUGGUACUUCGUCGUCGUAUCGCUUUAUGUGGUAGCCAAACGUCUCGUAAGCUGCGAGGUCGAUCGUGACGGUGUUGGAUGGGUGUUUGACGCGUUCACUACCCGUGGAGGAUAUCGUACAGAGGAGAGGUUGACGGCUAAGGAGAUAGAGAAAUUAUAUCUUUCUAUUCCUACUGCGGAAAGCGCUCUCGCUGCUUCAAGGGCAUACGCGACACACCCGCAUCUCGCAGGUUCCACCGAAGACUUCGAGGAUGCCCGAGUAAUCCUUCAACUUUUCCAGGAACAUUUCGGCAUCGCCCCACCCGACCCGGAGCCCAUCUUCCCUGCCGGCACCGCUGCGUCGCGGAAUGCGACGCUCAGCAUAAACAAGCUUCAAUCACCCGCAGCGUGGAUUGAUGUCUACUAUCCCGUCAUGAACACUCCGCUCGACCGCAGUCUCGAUAUCCUCGAGGCUGACGGCGCGUCAGUUUGGUCUGCGGACCUCAUCGAGGACGGCGAUCCCGCGGACCCGGAAGCAGGCAAAUACAAGGACACGAUUCCAACGUUCCACGGGCUCAGCCGUGAUGGCGAGGCGGAGGGCGAGCUGAUCUACGUAAACUACGGUUUGAAGGAGGAUUAUGAUGCAGUUGUCGCGGCUGGCGGAAAUUUUACCGGCAAGAUUGUACUCGCACGCUAUGGAGGAAAUUUCCGCGGUCUAAAAAUUCAACUUGCUCAGGAGCAUGGAGCGGUUGCUGCUCUCAUUUACUCGGACUUACGCGAUGAUGGCAGCGUGACCGUCGAAAACGGUUACGCGGCGUACCCUGCCGGCCCCGCGCGCAACCCAACGUCCGUCCAGCGUGGCAGCGUACAAUUCAUCUCUGCGUACCCUGGUGACCCGACGACACCUGGAUACCCCGCAUACGAGGACGCGGUGCGUACGGCAGGCGAGAAUAUCCCGAAGAUUCCGAGCUUACCGAUCUCAUGGCUAAAUGCCGAACGACUUUUGGCUGAGAUCGACAGCACGGAACAUGCGCGCGAGCUGACUGGUAAGAGCAGCGAGAGGAAGAUCAAGUUGGUCAACCAUGUCCAUAAUAAGGUCACUCCCAUCUGGAACACUAUGGCGGCUAUCCCAGGACACAUCAAGAACGAGACUGUCAUCCUCGGAUGCCAUCGUGAUGCUUGGGUCAUGGGCGCCGCCGACCCUACGUCCGGGACCGUAUCUUUGCAUGAGCUUGUCCGCGGACUCGGCGCCCUCCUUAAGAGAGGGUGGAAGCCGCUUAGGAAUAUCGUCAUAGCUAGUUGGGAUGCUGAAGAGUACGGACUGAUCGGUAGCACGGAAAUGGCGGAAGACUUCCCCGAGUGGAUCACACAAAACGUCGUUGCCUACCUGAACAUCGACGUCUCCGUAAGCGGUUCACAGUGGGGCGCCUCUGGAUCCCCAUCGCUUGCGCACCUCAUUCGCCAGACGGCUCUCGAUGUCCCCCAUCCAACCGCUCCCGGAAAGUCCCUUUGGGACGCGACGAAGGAUGUUGGCCCAUUCGCAGGUCCCAGUGACACGGAUUUCCUCAGGACAUACAAUGCGGAACAGCAGACAAGGGCUUUAGUGACAGGCAUCCCACCGUUGGGAUCUGGCAGUGAUUACACACCGUUCUUACAGCACCUUGGGAUCGCUAGCAUGGAUCAAGGAUUCGGAAAUACGCCCUCGGACGCGGUAUACCACUACCACUCAGUCUACGAUUCAGAGCGCUGGCAGGAACUCUAUGGUGAUCCCGGUUUCCACCGCCAUGUUGCUGCGGCUAGGCACAUGGGGUUGACCGCUCUCCGGAUCAUCGACGCUAUCAUCAUACCGUUGAAUACUACACAAUAUGCUCUCGAGCUGGAUACUUACCUUGAUGAAGUUGAGAAUGUAGCAUCCUCGCUCUCGCUCGCUGUAUCCCCCGACUUCUCCGGCCUCCGCAGUUCCAUCACAAACCUGCAAGCUGCAAGCAUAGCUCUCGACGGCGAGAAAGUUGAGGCUGAGGAAAAAUUGAAGGAGCUCCUUCAAAAGCUCCCAAUGCCCCCCAAAUCGCCGAACCACCGCCAUCUCCCGAAGUGGCUCAGGAAAGUUGUUCACGCGAUCCAUCACCACUUGAAGCUCGCGCGGCCAAUCGAUAAGCUUCACCGGGCAGCGGUGCGUGUACAGACCGCGAACGCAAAGCUGAGAGCGUUCGAACGAGGGUUCAUCUCGGGUAAGGGACUGACAGAGCGUGAGUGGUACAAGCAUCUUGGGGUUGCUCCUGGGAAGUACCUCGGAUACGGGGCGACCACGCUUCCUUCAGUCACGGAAGCAUUGACACUCGAAAACAACAGCACUCUGGCAGAGAUUGAGGCUAAGCGUGUCUCGAUUCUGCUUGAUAAGCUUGCAAAGGAUAUCGCAGUGUAA